GCCUCACAUACAGUCAGUUGAUGCGGAUCCAGCUCUGAUGACACCAUCAUGGGACGCUCAGGGCUGCUUUUUCUGGUUUUUGUCCUAAAUGUUGCUCACUGCUCGGACAUUCUGGGUCCAGGCGAAGAGUUAAUUAUUGAGAUCAGACACAACAUCACAGCAGUGCUGGGAGAGGACGUGCACCUGAGAUGUAUAUAUCUGGGAGAGAGCCAGAUCCAGAGCGCCGAGUGGAAACGCCGGACAAGCUCCAAAAUUAAAUUUAAGAGACUGGCGGGAUUUGCUGAUGGCAAACCGUUUAGCCGUGAUAACGUCUCAAACCCAGUCUCUCUCACCAACCUCACAAUUCACAUGCAGGUGUCCAGCGUGGAAGUAGAGGGAGAAUACAUCUGUGAGUUCAGAUCAGAAGAAGAGUAUGAUUUCGACAGUGUAUUCCUCACUGUAGUAGCUCGGCCGGAUAUUCAGGUCGAGGUGAACUCAGAGACUAUAAACGGCGCUCACUACCAGGCGGUGUCGUGCUCUGCGUUCGGUGGCCGACCUGUACCUCAGAUCAGCUGGUUGGUCGACAGCCGCCCUCUUUCAGAUUACCCUUUCACUGUGGACGUGAGUGAAACCCUUCACUCAAACGGAACCUCCACCCUGAGCAGCAUCCUGCGCUUCCCCACCCACCUGCAAGACGAGGACAGCGUGACGUGCGUGGUCCAACAUCCAACCCUCCCAAAGCCCACUCUCACCACAGUGAGGGUGGAAACCUUCACAAGUCCAAAUGUGACUAUUAAAGCAGAGAUGGUACAAAACGGAGGAAGUGAGUUCUGGGUGGUCUCGUGCAUUUCGUCUGGAGGGAGACCUGACACCGACAUCGCCUUGGCUUUGAACACUGACGAAGAUCUGCAGAGAGAGGAGCACUCAGACUCAGACACAAAGACCAGCUCAGUGCUCCUCCCUGCAGCUGUGUACGAGGGGGUCAAUGUCACCUGUGUGUUUGACCAUCCUACAUUUACAGACAAAGUGUCACGAGUCCUAACACUGCCGUCUUUUUAUUUGUCUGGAGUUCAGUUAUUGUUCUCAGAGAUGAGAAAAAACAGUGAUGACUCUCAAGGCACUGAAUCUUUAGAGCUAAAGGACGGACAGAGUGACACCGUCAUCAGACUGCAGGUCACGGGAAAUGUGCCACAUUACAACGUCACCUGCCAGAAAGAUGAUGGACCGUUGCCUGAGGGUGUGGAGCUGGUUGGCAGCAGCCUCACAGUUCAGGGUCCUGUGGAGCAUUGGCACGCCGGCCUGUAUGAAUGUUCCUUCUCAUAUCACCAUCUUAAAGCAACGCUGAAGUUUAACGUCACAGUUAAACCUCAAGUUAUACAGCCUGUGCCUCCAACAAUACGGGUUGAUUUGCGGGCUGAAGAUGGACACAGUGUGAUUGAGUGCUCAGCAGCUGAUGCUGUUCCCGUUGCUAACAUGUCCUGGCUUCUACCAGAGGGUGUGUCUGGAGUCUCUUGGUUCAAUUUCACUUCUCAUAAUGGAAGCCACUCUGUCAGAGGAGUUUUACUCCUCCCUGCCUGCUCGCCUUGGGAGCUCACUGCAGAGUGUGUGAUAAAUCACCCUGCGUUUGAGGAGCCAGAAAACAGAAGCAUAACUCUCCCUCUUUGCGCUCGCCCAAACAUCACCAUCAACUCCAGCACUGAGAGGAGAGAUGGUGUGGAGUACACAGAGGUGGACUGCUCUGUGGAGAGUGUUGCCCCUGCAGCAACAAUAACCUGGCAUGUUGGAAACAGUGACAACAGCAUCAGUUAUCUGUCUGAGACCCAGGUCCAGGCUGAUGGUCUGGUAUCGGCCCGCAGCUCUGCACGCUUCUUGUCUUCUUUGUAUUCUGGUCAGAAUUUGACGUGUACGGUGGAGCAUCUGAGCCUGGAGGCACCAGAAACAAAAACAAUACACAUUCUUGGGCCGAAAGCCCCUCUGAUGAGUGUGUCAGUGGUGAGACAGCAGGACUCUCCCCUCUGGCUGGCAGUGUGUAACUGCACAGGGGAGGGUGUGGGGACCAACCUCAAAUGGGUCCUUCCCGAAAACACCAAAGGCCUGACAUCCCUGCACUCAGAGUCUGAAGGGUAUGUCCGGAAAGCCCGGCUGACUUAUCUGUUCCCUCUGGCCCUUCAUGAGGGGCAGCAGCUGACCUGUGUCUAUCAGUCUGAACAUGGAGCUACAGAGACAAAGACCCUUCCCAUCCCCAGAUACUAUAUCUCCGCUGUGACAGUCCUUAACCACACCACUCCUCUGCAAAGCCGCUACGGUGAUGAACCCUUUGCACACAGACUGGCUCUCCAGGAGGAUCAUCACAACCAGAGAAUACUGCUCCGAGUCGAGGGAAAUGUACCAGAGUACAACCUCAACUGUAAAAGGAGUGACGGCUCAUCUGUCAAAAUGGACGGUGUUGCCAUGGUGUUCCCGUCAGAGCUCACAGAGCAGGAUGAAGGCCUCUACAGCUGCCAGGCGUCCUUCUACCACCACACAGCCACAGUCAACAUACAGGUGGAGGUCACGAGCGAGGAAAAACAUCUAGCAAUUGCAGCCAUAAUCUGCAUGUCUUCGGCUUUGGCUAUCCUCCUCAUCCUCGCUGUCACCCUGUGGGUCUGCUGCAAAGGAUACAGCAAGACACAAUAUAAGAAGAAGGAGUCUCUCUCGGCCUUGACCUCUAUGAUGCAGGAGCCCGGCUCUCCUGAGGUGAAGAAGCCAGCAGUGACAGAAAACGACAGUGAGGAAUACGAUCAGCUGGUCAAUUUCUCCAUAGUCAUCGAUCUCAAGAGCACAGUGUAAAGAUAAAAUCAGUUUCGGAUUACAUAUUCUGCACAAACUAUAAGGCUUACAGCAACUGCCACAUUGUUCAUUAUUUCAGUGUAUUUUUAUGAGCAUUAAUUGUGAGAUUGUUUCUUUUUUAACCAAUUUGUAUUGACUCGCAUUACUUUGGCACUUUUUUAACUUACUUGAAUUUUGUAUGUUUUUUUAAUGCAGAUUGUAUUUUUUUUGUAUUUCUGAAUAAAA